AUGGGAAGGAGACAAAGUGGUCGUGUCUGUGACUUACAAUCCUCCAGAGAACCACAUAAGACCAACACAAAAGUACGAGAUAAUGGUGCUUACGUAACUAUCAACCAGAGUGUGGCUGAUAUAACCUUUAGACCAGCUGACCAGCCUACUGACCAGCCUACUGACCAGCCUACUGACCAUCCUACUGACCAGCCUACUGACCAGACUACUGACCAGCCUACUGACCAGUCUACUGACCAGCCUACUGACCAGACUACUGACCAGCCUACUGACCAGACUACUGACCAGCCUACUGACCAGUCUACUGACCAGCCUACUGACCAGACUACUGACCAGCCUACUGACCAGACUACUGACCAGCCUACUGACCAUCCUACUGACCAGCCUACUGACCAGACUACUGACCAGCCUACUGACCAGACUACUGACCAGCCUACUGACCAUCCUACUGACCAGACUACUGACCAGCCUACUGACCAGACUACUGACCAGCCUACUGACCAGCCUACUGACCAGCCUACUGACCAGCCUACUGACCAGCCUACUGACCAGACUACUGACCAGCCUACUGACCAGUCUACUGACCCGACUACUGACCAGACUACUGACCAGACUACUGACCAGACUACUGACCAGCCUACUGACCAGCCUACUAACCCGACUACUGACCCGACUACUGACCAGACUACUGACCAGACUACUGCCCAGACUACUGACCAGCCUACUGACCAGCCUACUGACCAGACUACUGACCAGACUACUGACCAGCCUACUGACCAGUCUACUGACCAGUCUACUGACCCGACUACUAACCCGACUACUGACCCGACUACUGACCAGACUACUGACCAGACUACUGCCCAGACUACUGACCAGCCUACUGACCAGCCUACUGACCAGACUACUGACCAGCCUACUGACCAGACUACUGACCAGCCUACUGACCAGCCUACUGACCAGCCUACUGACCAGCCUACUGACCCGACUACUGACCAGCCUACUGACCAGCCUACUGACCCGACUACUGACCAGCCUACUGACCAGCCUACUGACCAGCCUACUAACCCGACUACUGACCCGACUACUGACCAGACUACUGACCAGACUACUGCCCAGACUACUGACCAGCCUACUGACCAGCCUACUGACCAGACUACUGACCAGACUACUGACCAGCCUACUGACCAUCCUACUGACCAGACUACUGACCAGCCUACUGACCAGACUACUGACCAGACUACUGACCAGCCUACUGACCAGACUACUGACCAGCCUACUGACCAGACUACUGACCAGCCUACUGACCAGACUACUGACCAGACUACUGACCAGCCUACUGACCAGACUACUGACCAGCCUACUGACCAGCCUACUGACCAGACUACUGACCAGACUACUGACCAGACUACUGACCAGCCUACUGACCAGACUACUGACCAGCCUACUGACCAGACUACUGACCAGACUACUGACCAGUCUACUGACCAGCCUACUGACCAGCCUACUGACCAGACUACUGACCAGCCUACUGACCAGCCUACUGACCAGCCUACUGACCAGACUACUGACCAGCCUACUGACCAGCCUACUGACCAGACUACUGACCAGCCUACUGACCAGUCUACUGACCAGCCUACUGACCAGACUACUGACCAGCCUACUGACCAGACUACUGACCAGCCUACUGACCAGUCUACUGACCAGACUACUGACCAGACUACUGACCAGCCUACUGACCAGCCUACUGACCAGCCUACUGACCAGCCUACUGACCAGACUACUGACCAGCCUACUGACCAGUCUACUGACCAGACUACUGACCAGACUACUGACCAGACUACUGACCAGUCUACUGACCAGACUACUGACCAGACUACUGACCAGCCUACUGACCAGUCUACUGACCAGACUACUGACCAGCCUACUGACCAGUCUACUGACCAGACUACUGACCAGACUACUGACCAGCCUACUGACCAGUCUACUGACCAGACUACUGACCAGCCUACUGACCAGUCUACUGACCAGACUACUGACCAGACUACUGACCAGCCUACUGACCAGACUACUGACCAGCCUACUGACCAGACUACUGACCAGACUACUGACCAGACUACUGACCAGACUACUGACCAGACUACUGACCAGCCUACUGACCAGCCUACUGACCAGCCUACUGACCAGCCUACUGACCAGUCUACUGACCAGACUACUGACCAGACUACUGACCAGCCUACUGACCCGACUACUGACCAGCCUACUGACCAGACUACUGACCAGACUACUGACCAGUCUACUGACCAGCCUACUGACCAGCCUACUGACCAGACUACUGACCAGCCUACUGACCAGCCUACUGACCAGACUACUUACCAGCCUACUGACCAGCCUACUGACCAGCCUACUGACCAGCCUACUGACCAGCCUACUGACCAGUCUACUGACCAGACUACUGACCAGCCUACUGACCAGACUACUGACCAGCCUACUGACCAGACUACUGACCAGCCUACUGACCAGCCUACUGACCAGACUACUGACCAGCCUACUGACCAGCCUACUGACCAGACUACUGACCAGACUACUGACCAGCCUACUGACCAGCCUACUGACCAGACUACUGACCAGACUACUGACCAGACUACUGACCAGUCUACUGACCAGACUACUGACCAGACUACUGACCAGUCUACUGACCAGACUACUGACCAGACUACUGACCAGCCUACUGACCAGCCUACUGACCAGACUACUGACCAGACUACUGACCAGACUACUGACCAGCCUACUGACCAGACUACUGACCAGACUACUGACCAGACUACUGACCAGACUACUGACCAGCCUACUGACCAGACUACUGACCAGCCUACUGACCAGACUACUGACCAGCCUACUGACCAGACUACUGACCAGCCUACUGGCUGCAUAAUAAGUAAUAACUAA